GCUUCCAUCAUGAGACGUUUUGAAGUCACAAAAUCCGUUCCACUCCCCUUUCUUAAACUCCCCUUCACAUCAUCGUGCAUGAGAACGAAAGGACAAAACUACUACAAAGAUGACAGCAUAUACAGACAAACGACGUAAUAACAGACUCCAGACUGGUGGAUAUAACGCGUAUAUGUUUCCUGGUUGUUAUGGUAACUGGGGUUACUCUAACAUGAACUGGGGAUACAGAGAUUGGGACCGAUGGAGUUCUUCACCCCCUUACAGUAAACGUACAGGAAGUGGACUCAAAUCAGUCAUGAACAAACCACGUGGGGACUUUGGGCACAAAGAAACAGAUAGCUUUGUGUUUUUCUUUAGACAAAGUUCGCCAUUUAGUCAAUGGUAUCCAUCAGAGUUCUCAGUUGAUGGUCGCAAAUUUAAUUGUGCAGAACAAUACAUGAUGUUUAGAAAAGCCAAAAUACUAAAAUGUGACUGGAUAUCUGAAGCAAUAAUGUCAGAAAAGAAUCCUGCAGAACAGAAAAGACUUGGAAGGUUAAUUCCAAAGUUUGAUCAGAAGUUAUGGGAUUCUGUACGUGAGGAAAUUGUGAAGAGCGCCACCAUGGCCAAGUAUUCUCAGAAUAAGGAGUUAAAAGAACACCUGAUUAAGACAUACCCAAAGACUUUGGUAUUGGCCAGUAGAAAUGAUAAGAUUUGGGGAAUAGGACUUCGAUCAGAUGACCCAGAGGCUCUAAACCAGGAAACAUGGAAAGGAAAAAAUCUACUGGGGAAAAUACUGACAGAAGUGAGAGACGAGUUGUUAAAGGAAGCAGGAUUCUUAGAAAGAAUAGAUUAACUCAUCGCUAUGAACAUUUUGAGAAAGAAUAGAUUAAGUCGCCUUCAUGAACGUUCUUAGAAAGAAUAGACUUACUCAUCUUUUUGAACGUUUUGAGAAAGAAUAGAUUAAGUCAUCUUCAUGAACAUCUUUUUCAUUAUUUUUUUAGCAAACUUAUUUUGUAACAUUCAUAGUUUAUGAGAUAAUAAACUUGGACACAUUUUGAAAUAGUCAUACCACAUCUUCUUUUUUAUAUUUGAAUUUAAUCUUUUUAUUUUGUAUUUGAAAUUUAAAAAUGUUAGUACUGAAAGUUUGACAUAUAUUGCUGUGUUAAGGUGUUUAGAUAAGCAAUAAACGUCUACACAUGCUCCUUUA